AUGAAGAAUCUCUCGCAAGUGGUGCAUGCCGAUGCAUUUGCCUUUGCACAGCACCCGGAGAACCGCAACGAGACGAGCGAUGCCUGGAACGGCGCUAACUAUCCCAGUGUCUUGCUCUUUGGCAUCGACAGCAUGUCCCGAAUGAACUUCCCUCGCACCAUGCCACUCACCUCAAGCUUCAUCCGUCAGCAGGGCUGGUAUGAGAUGGAGGGCUACAACAAGGUGGGCGACAACACUCUGCCCAAUCUGCUGGCCGUGCUGACGGGUCGCAGCCCAAGCGAGUGGUCCAAGAAAUGCAACUUGAAGAUUCCUGGCUGCUUUGACUUUGUCACCUAUUUGUGGGAUCACUUUCGCAGUGCCGGCUACCUGACUGCCUAUGCAGAGGAUCUCCCUACCAUAUCGACAUUCAACUAUUUAAAGUCAGGCUUUACAAAGAAGCCGGUGGACUUUUAUCUUCGUCCAUUUAUGGUGGUAAUCGAAAAUGUGCUCAAAACCACGGAAUGGUUUAGCCAAAAAUAUUGCCUGGGUCGCCGGACAGGCUUCAGCUACAUCCUUGAAUAUGCCAAGCAGCUGAUCGAACGCUUUGUGAAGGAGACACCGAAGCCACUGUUCGGUCUCUUCUGGACGAGCAGUUGCACACACGAUCAUCCCCGAGGGGGCAAGCUGCUGGAUGAGAGCUUCGCCCACUACAUGGAACAGUUCAGGGACUAUGGCUUAUUCGACAAGGCCAUUGUGGUGCUGUUCAGUGACCACGGAUCAAGAUAUGGCGAGCUGGCGCAACAUCCCUCAGGCUUCCUCGAGGAGCGGCUGCCCAUGCUGCACAUCUAUCUGCCACCCUGGUACCGUCGUCGCCAUCCACAAGUGGCACGCGCCCUGCAGCUCAACCGGAAUCGCCUUACCUCCAGCUAUGACCUGCAUCUGGGCAUCAGAUCGGUAUUAGAAACGAUUCGACCAGGACUUACAUUUGUUGGUUCGGCCAAGUGUUUUGGCUGCCGAUCAAUUUUUGAGGUUGUUCCCAAGAACAGAAACUGCGGCGAUGCCAACAUUCCCUAUCAUUGGUGCGCCUGCGAUACAUUUGUUCCCGUUUCAACCUCUGGCAUCACCAAGAAAUUGGCCGGAAUUGUAGUUUAUCGAAUGAACAAGUAUUUGGCUCAGCUGGGUCUGGAUACUGAUUGCCAACGGCUUUAUCUAGGUAAAGUGGUCAACGCCAAGCGACAGCUGCACUUCGAUGAGGUUGGAGUCGAAAUUGGGCCUCUUGACGGCAUGGAGACAUUUCAAUUGCAGUUCACCACAGCGCCAAAUAAUGGGGAAUUUCGAUCUGUUAUCCACAGUGACGACACUGGGACGUAUAUAGAUAUUGAUUUGGAGGGGCUCAGUCGACUCAACUCCUACCGCAACGAGUCCCAUUGUGUGGAAGACGCACUGGCCAAGAAAAUGUGUGUUUGCCGCAAACACAAUAGUCACGAUUUUCCAAUCGAUGGUAAAUAUACGAGAAAAAGGAAAGUGAAGUAUGCAUGGAUAGAGGAGAAAGAAGACGAAUAUGAUGACACGAAUAAUAAUGAAACCUUUGGUGUUGUUGGGAUUAAAUAA